UUUAGCCAAAAGUUACAAUGGUUGACAUUUCUAUAAAUACGUCUCUUCAGUGUUUGCUACAAAACACACAUAGCAAUGUCGGCUAGAGCUCAUCCUGUGGACGAUGACGGAGAGAUUUCCCCGGUGGAAAGAUCUUCCCCGCGGCAAGCAAAUACACCGUAUGUCCACAAAGUCGAAGUUCCUCCUAAGCAAAACCUUUUCAAUGAGUUCAUGUACACUUUUAAAGAAACUUUCUUCCACGAUGAUCCUCUAAGGCAUUUCAAGGACCAGUCAAAAUCCAAAAAGCUCAUGCUCGGUAUCCAGUCCGUCUUUCCGGUUAUCGAGUGGGGAAGAAAAUAUAAUCUUAAGUUGUUUCGCGGCGAUCUUAUUGCCGGUUUAACCAUAGCCAGUCUCUGCAUUCCUCAGGAUAUUGGAUAUGCAAAGCUCGCGAGUCUUGACCCUAAGUAUGGUCUAUAUUCAAGUUUUGUUCCUCCGUUGGUGUACGCAUGUAUGGGAAGCUCAAAGGAUAUAGCGAUUGGACCCGUUGCAGUGGUUUCACUCCUAUUAGGUACUCUGCUUCGUGCUGAGAUCGACCCCAACACAAACCCUAAUGAAUAUCUCCGCUUAGCCUUCACCUCCACGUUCUUUGCCGGUGUCACUCAAGCAGCACUCGGAUUCUUCAGAUUGGGUUUCUUGAUCGAUUUCUUGUCCCACGCGGCGGUGGUAGGUUUCAUGGGCGGAGCAGCCAUCACCAUUGCGCUGCAACAGCUCAAAGGCUUCCUAGGAAUCAAUAAGUUCACAAAGAAAACCGAUAUCAUCGCGGUUCUUUCUUCCGUAAUCAGCUCAGCCCAUCACGGAUGGAAUUGGCAGACAAUACUCAUUAGUGCAUCGUUCUUGAUCUUCCUUCUCAUCUCCAAGUUUAUCGGGAAGAGAAACAAGAAACUGUUUUGGAUUCCAGCUAUUGCUCCGUUAGUAUCUGUCAUCAUUUCAACCUUCUUCGUCUACAUAACCCGAGCCGACAAGAAAGGAGUUCAGAUAGUGAAACAUCUUGACAAAGGUCUGAACCCUUCUUCUUUGCGUCUAAUAUAUUUCUCGGGCGAUUACCUUCUCAAGGGCUUCCGCAUAGGCGUUGUCUCAGGCAUGGUUGCCUUGACGGAAGCUGUAGCGAUAGGAAGAACAUUUGCAGCAAUGAAAGACUACCAAAUCGAUGGUAACAAAGAGAUGGUAGCAUUAGGAGCAAUGAACGUAAUCGGUUCAAUGACCUCUUGCUAUGUAUCCACCGGUUCUUUCUCAAGAUCCGCCGUCAACUUUAUGGCCGGAUGUCAAACGGCAGUCUCCAACAUCAUCAUGUCCAUUGUCGUCCUCUUAACGCUUCUCUUCCUCACUCCUCUUUUCAAAUACACACCCAACGCAAUUCUUGCAGCGAUCAUCAUCAACGCUGUGAUUCCUUUGGUUGACGUUAAUGCUACCAUUUUGAUCUUCAAGAUCGAUAAGCUCGAUUUUGUUGCUUGUAUGGGGGCUUUUUUUGGUGUCAUCUUUGUAUCCGUAGAGAUUGGCCUUCUAAUAGCCGUGGGGAUAUCUUUUGCCAAGAUACUUUUGCAAGUUACGAGACCUAGGACAGCGAUUCUUGGAAAGAUACCAGGGACUUCGGUUUACAGGAAUAUCAAUCAGUAUCCUGAAGCGACUAGGAUUCCGGGAGUUUUGACAAUUCGUGUUGACUCCGCGAUUUACUUCUCCAACUCCAAUUAUGUUAGGGAAAGGAUUCAAAGAUGGUUGACAGAUGAAGAAGAGAUGGUGGAAGCUGCAAGAUUGCCUAGGAUCCAGUUUCUUAUCAUCGAAAUGUCACGUACUGAACUAACUCUUUAUUUUUACAUAUAGAUCGCUAUGAGGUGAUGACUUCUGAUUCACGUCAAAUGAUUUUUAUUAUACAUUUUUAGCUGUUACGGACAUCGAUACUAGUGGUAUUCACGCCUUAGAAGACUUGUAUAAGUCUCUCCAAAAACGAGACAUUCAGUUGGUUCUAGCGAAUCCAGGACCGCCGGUCAUAAAUAAGCUACAUGUUUCUCACUUUGCGGACUUGAUAGGACACGACAAAAUCUUUCUGACGGUGGCUGAGGCCGUGGAUUCUUGCUCCCCUAAACUGUCCGACGAGGUCUGAUCCGGAGAAGAAGAAUCUUGAUGAUGAAGCAAAAUGAUAUAAAGUGUUGUAUGUUGUAUAGACUGAAUUGAGUAGUCAGUGACUUUGCUCUGUUUAUCUUUUAUCUAUCCCCAAUCGUGUGACGUAGAGGUCAAGUGUAAAAGUUGACCUAUAUAGAGCUUUUUUUAGAGUCGUGAUAAGCUUGGAUUUACUGGAUUAGUUUUCGUUAUUGUUUUCAA